AUGCCGGACCGGCUCGGCGGCCGCGUCGUGGGCGAGUUCGGCGCCGAUUCGGCCGUUUCCGCGAAGAAUACAGACAGCGAUGGGAAAGACGGAGAACCUCAGUUCGGGGCGCAUGGGAUUCGCGUGGGCGAUGUGGUCCGGGUGAAUGAGAUCGGGAGCUCUACAAAAAAGGUAGGCAAGGACAAAGCCAGCAAGGAUGGGAAAUCGGCGGGUGCAGGGCCACCCAAGGGCCCGGAGGGCGUUGUUACUCGGGUUGGGGAGCGGAGCAUCUCGGUUGCGUUUGGUCAACGGGGCGGCGGAGGACGAUCCAAGGAAGAUGACGAGGCGAUCGAGGAGCUAUGGGGGAAGAAGCUCUGGCUGAUAAAGCUCGCGAACGAUGUCACAUAUCGACGGAUGAACCAGACGAUGGAAAAGAUGGGGAAGAUGACCGAGUCCGAUCACACACAUUUUAUGCGGGUUGCGUUUGGACAUACGACGCCGCUGCUGCCGGAUUAUGAGGCUGUGGGCGCGGUUGAAUUUAACGACCCGACGUUGAACGAUUCACAGAAGGAGGCUAUUCGGUUUGCGCUGGCAUCGCGCGAUAUUGCGCUUAUUCAUGGUCCGCCGGGUACGGGGAAGACGCAUACCUUGAUUGAGCUUAUCCUGCAAAUGGUGCAGCGGAAAUUACGGGUGCUUGUUUGUGGACCGUCGAAUAUCUCGGUGGAUAAUAUUGUUGAGAGACUCGCGCCGAAGAAAGUGCCCGUUGUGCGUAUUGGCCAUCCGGCGCGUUUGUUGCCCUCUGUGUUGGAGCAUUCUUUGGAGGUUCUGACGCAUACGUCGGAGGCUGCUUCUAUUGUGAGGGAUGUGAGGAAGGAGAUUGAUGAGAAGCAAGCUAGUAUUCGGAAGACUAGGUUUGGGAGGGAGAAGCGGGCUAUCUACCAGGAUUUGAAAGAGUUACGUCGGGAAUUCAGGGAGCGGGAGUCUAAAUGCGUGGAUAAUCUGGUUAGAGAGAGCAACGUGGUUCUUGCGACUCUACACGGAGCAGGUGGCCAUCAGCUGAAGAAUCAGAAAUUCGACGUUGUGAUUAUUGACGAGGCCAGUCAAGCUUUGGAGGCGCAAUGCUGGAUUUCGCUGCUGUCUGCAUCUAAGGUUGUUCUGGCUGGUGAUCAUCUACAACUACCUCCAACUGUUAAGUCCACUGUUCAGAAGUCCAAAGAUGCAAAGACCGGGAAGGCGGACACUGCCAACGAUAGUGACCAGGGAAGUCUUGGUAAAAUGUCUCUUGAAACUACCAUGUUCGAUCGACUGCUUUCGAUCCAUGGUGAAGGUAUCAAGAGAAUGCUAACGACACAGUAUCGAAUGCACGAAACAAUCAUGCGGUUUCCGUCAGAUGAGCUAUACGAGUCUAAACUGAUGGCUGGCGAGGCGGUAAAAGCUCGUCUUCUAAAAGACCUACCGUACGAGGUCGAUGAGACCGACGAUACAAAAGAGCCGUUAGUGUUCUGGGACACCCAGGGAGGCGACUUUCCUGAGAAGACUGAAGAUAAGGAGGUCGGGCAGAAGGAGGCCCUUCUUGGUGAGAGUAAGAGCAAUGAAAUGGAGGCCAUGGUUGUUGCGAGGCACGUAGACAACCUGGUACAGUCCGGGUUGAAACCGGAGGACAUCGCUGUCAUCACCCCUUAUAACGGCCAGCUGGCUAUCUUGUCGCAGAUGCUGCGGGAAAAGUAUCCGGGUAUCGAGUUGGGCAGUGUGGAUGGAUUCCAAGGUCGCGAGAAAGAGGCCGUUGUCGUCAGCCUGGUGCGAAGUAAUAGCGAGAAUGAAGUUGGUUUCUUGGGAGAGAAGCGACGCCUGAACGGCAUAGGAAGCGGGUUCCUCAAGCGGUGGAUGGCAUUCUUGGAAGAGAACGCCGACUUGCGCUACCCAGAUGCUGGGGAAUUGCUCUGA